AAUAACAACUGAUGUUCCUGUUGAUUGAUUAUGCAAGAACUAGCAAGCUUGCAUGUAAUGUAAAUGUAAAAAGAGGCAAAGUGUGGGCAAAGACAGAAUCCGUUUAAAUUGGGUGUGGAUUUGAAACAUUGGUUGAAUUCCAUUCCAGGCCAUUAGGGGGCCACCUAGGCUGAAAAUGUUCAUCUCUGCUUAGCGCCACAAAUUUGCAAUGACAUUGCAGUAGGAAAACUCCCUAGAGUGGCCCCAUUUAAAGGGCUACACAGAGAAAACUAGGUGAUUCAGAAUGUAAUGUAACAGAUGUAAUAAGCAUGUUGUGUGUGUAUAUAUUAAGCUUUUAUUACUCCAUGUUGAUUUUAUUUUAAAGUUUUUAACAUAAUUUGUCUUCUGAAUAAGUGAUGGUGAUGUUGAGGAGUACUGUCGUUAAAGGAGAGUGUCCUUGUAGUUUACAGCUAAAUGAAGUACUUGACAGAAAUUCUGUAACUGUAUACGCUGUACCGCAGGUCAGCUCAGUGAAGUACCACACCAAAGCCUUCUCCACCUUCCAUCAAAUCAACGCCUUUGAGGAGGAUGGAUUCUUGAUGCUCGAUAUGUGUUGCUCCGACGACGGCCAAGCCAUCAACAACUACCUCAUCCAGAACUUGCGUAAAUCAGGAGACGCGCUGGAUGAGGUGUACAACACCUUGUGCAGGGUUUUCCCUCGGCGUUUUGUUCUGCCACUGCAUGUGACCAAUGAAACCCCAAAAGACCAGAACCUGAACACUCGACCCUGCAGCAAUGCAUCGUGUGUCAAAAUCGGUGACGACAAGGUGUUCUGCCAGCACGAGGAUCUCCACGGAGAAGACCUCCAUGAGUACGGUGGCCUGGAGUUCCCGCAGAUCAACUACGCCAGAUGUAACACACAUCCGUACCGUUAUUUCUACGGCUGUGGCUUCAGACAUCUGGUGGGAGACUCUCUGCUCAAGAUGGACCUGAAGGACAAGACAUUCAAGGUCUGGUACCAGAAGGGUUUCUACCCCUCAGAGCCUGUGUUUGUGCCGUCACCUGAUGCUGUGGAGGAAGAUGAUGGUGUCAUCCUCUCGGUGGUUCUCACCCCGUCACAGGAUAAAGGGACCUUCCUCCUGAUUUUGGAUGCCAAGACAUUUGAAGAGCUAGGAAGAGCCUAUGUGCCUGUUAACAUGGCUUAUGGCUUCCACGGUACCUUCAGUGCCUCUGCAUAAACUUCUUGUUUUUUUAGACUCCCCAUGAUUCAUGGGCAAUGAAUACAACGCAUCAAUAAGCAUUAGCCAGUUAUAUAUCAGAUGGUACUGAGUUGCUGCUGCUUUUUAUGCUUAACAUAUAUACUGUCUACAGAUAUUCACUACAGGUGAGGAUCACCAGACAUUAUGUUAUCACCAUAUUUCACUGACAAUACAAGCAGUGUGCUGAGUAUUACAAUAACCGGAUUUAUCAUAUCCAGUAAGAUUAUGUUAUCUCUCUUUAGUAGUUUGCUGCAAAUAGACGUUGGAGGUUGCUGUCCCAUUUUUACUCUAAUGACUGAGCUGUUAGCUUGUUCUGAAUUAGGAGGUAGGUAGCUUUGUCAAGUGAAGUGUGAUCAGUGUUGGAUGGAUUUUCGACUGGUAGGACUUGUAGGGUACAGUUGAAAGUAAAUCUGUGGUCACCCAAGUGCCAAAAUGUUUUUUUUUAAAGAAAUUUAUUCCAAAGAUUUUUACAAAUCUGACUUUUGUACUGUAUAUUUUUUUUAAAUAUAAUUUUUUAAUUAAAGUUUCAACA